UAGGGAUUGGAGUUCGAAUCUGUGUGGCGUCCGUUGGCCUCUUCUCGCUUCUUGACGAUUGGACUGCUCGAUCGGGUUCCUUUUUGGCUGCUGAUGGAUUGGAAUUAACGCCUUGAUUUGUUUUGGUUUGCCUGGUGAUAUUUGUUCUUGUGUUCUGUGGAAUUCUCGAGGUUUGUCGAUGAUAGGGCUAUGAAGUUUUGUACAUCUUGAACAAGGUGAUUUCAAAUCAUUGAUUGAUAAUUUUUACCAGUUGAAGAAUUGGUUGGUCGGUCUUUUGGUUACUUAACCCUUCUUGCAGUAUGCCUGCAAUCAGAAGGUUAUAUGAUGUCUGUAAAAUAUCAUUCUCUGAUAAUGGACCUCUAUCUGCUGAAGCCCUUGAACAUGUUCGGUCUGUUUUAGAUGAUAUCAAACCUUCUGAUGUGGGACUUGAAGAUGAGGCUCGGAUAGCACGAGGGUGGAAUGUUUCCACGCAUGGUUCAAAUGGAAGAAAAGGGCGUAAUGGAAAUAAUCAGUACCUGCCUCCUAUCAAGUAUCUGCAUAUACAUGAGUGUGAAAGCUUUUCUAUUGGGAUAUUUUGCAUGCCACCUUCAUCUGUUAUUCCACUUCAUAACCAUCCAGGAAUGACUGUUCUUAGCAAACUUCUAUAUGGGACAAUGCUUGUCAAAUCAUAUGACUGGGUAGAUACAGUAGAACCCAUUGAUCCAUCCAAAGCUCGACCAGCAAGGCUUGUUAGAGAUGCUCAAAUGUCAGCCCCCUGUGGGACGACGAUCCUUCAUCCAACGAGUGGCGGAAACAUUCAUUCAUUCAAAGCAAUUACUCCUUGUGCUCUCUUCGAUGUUCUAUCACCCCCAUACUCGUCAAAAGAUGGACGGGACUGCUCCUACUUCAAGAUGUCUUCAAAAAAAGAUCUUUCCGGUGUUUUGCCUAGCGCAAUAAGGUCUUCAGAAGUGGCUUGGUUGGAAGAGUGCCAACCACCGGAGAGCUUUAUCAUCAGAAGAGGGCCAUACAGGGGCCAGAUUGUUGAUACUAGAUGAAUUAAAUUUAUAGCUC